AUGACAACGCCUAUAAGUUUGCCUUCUAACCUGCCCUUCCCUGUGACGAUCGCGAAAUUGUGUGUCUCAACAGGCGAUGAGGUCAAGAAAGGCCAGAGACUGUUUGUCUACAAAUACUGGGAACUGCAAGAUGUGAUAACUGCUCCGAAUGAGGAAAGCAGCAAGAAGAAAAGGAGGGUGGACUUGGUGGGUACUUUUGACUCGCCGGUCGAGGGCACAAUUAUGGCACUUAACCUGAGCCUUGGAGAUGAGUUCGUUAACAAUUCAGCGGUAGUAGCGGAGGUAAGCCAACCUUGUACACACGACGUCACAUACGGAUCUCUUUGUGUGGUGUGUGGUAAAGCCGUGGAGGAAGACGAGGACCAGAAUCUCAACAAUACGGGAUUUUCCAACAGUAAGCUGACCAUGGCGCAUAACAACAUGAAUAUCAAGGUUUCGGAGCGCCAGGCGGCGUCGAUCGAGAAAAGUACACAAAAACAGCUCCGAGAACUCAAAAAACUAGUUCUAGUAGUAGAUCUCGACCAAACAGUGAUCCAUUGUGGCGUAGACCCCACGAUCAAAGAGUGGGCGAACGAUCCUUCCAACCCCAACUACGAUGCCCUUAAAAACGUUCGAUCAUUUUCACUUGACGAGGACCCAGUGCUGCCGCCAUUUUACAUGGGCCCCCGUCCACCCCCCCGCAAAUGUCAGUACUACGUGAAACUUAGACCGGGAUUACAAGAAUUUUUCGAAAAAGUGGCCCCCCACUUCGAACUUCAUAUUUACACCAUGGCUACCAGAGCUUAUGCAUUGGAAAUAGCCAAGAUUAUAGAUCCGGCGGGGGAGCUUUUUGGUGAUCGGAUCUUGUCGCGCGACGAAAAUGGGUCUCUCACUCAUAAGUCUCUUGAAAGAUUAUUUCCUAUGGAUCAAUCUAUGGUUGUUAUUAUCGAUGAUAGAGGUGAUGUCUGGAGCUGGUGCCCGAAUUUGAUCAAAGUGGUACCCUACGAUUUCUUUGUGGGCGUUGGUGAUAUCAAUUCCAACUUCCUCCCGAGGCAGCAAAACUCCAUGUUGCAUAUGGGGAGAAGGCAUCGCAAGAAGGCAGAGGAAGAAGAACUUUUGACUGACAUUAUGGACACGGAAAAAAAAUUACAGGAAAAGAUUGAUCAAGAGGUCAAGAAACAGGAGGAACAAUUCAAUAAGAUAACGGAGGAGAGCCAGACCGAUAGGCCCAUUUCCAAAGAAGACCUGGCCAAAAAGCUGGAACACAAUGCUUCUCUGGAAGUCCAACAACAAAACAGGCCGCUGGCGGAAUUACAGAAGCAUAUGCACAAUCAAAAACUUUUAAUUGAUGACGACGAGGAACUUCCGCAUCUAUCUGAAAUAUUAUUGAAGGUGCACAGGGCCUACUACGAAGAGUUAGCCAAGGAAGAAGAAUUACCCGAUAUCAAAAAGUUGUUGCCAGCCAUGAAGGCAAAAGUCUUACAGGGAUGCAACUUUGUGUUUUCAGGCCUCAUUCCGUUGGGUACAGACGUGCGGCAGGCAGACAUCGCUUUGUGGACAGGUAUGUUUGGAGCGAUAACUUCGAGUGACGUGGAUGAAAAUACCACUCAUAUCAUUACCAAGACACCGGGGACAUUUAAGGCUCGUCUCGCAAAGGCAUUCAACCCAAGCAUUAGAGUAGUCCACCCGGACUGGAUAUUCGAGUGUUUAAUUCAAUGGCAAAGAACAAGCGUGCAGCCCUACGAAUUACUUACCGAACAGGCGGUUACGGAUGAAGAGCUUCAGGAGUUUAAAAGUAAGUUGGAAAAGAGAAAGGCCGCCGAACAAAGCGUUCGCGAAAGAGCGAAUCAGGCGUCCAAUGACGACGUUGCUUUGCUGGCGGGCGACGAUAUGUGGCUGGAUAACGAUGAUGACGAAAUGGACGAGUUUCUCAAUGACGAAGAAGGAGAUGAAGAUGAAGACGAAGACGAAGACAAAAACGAGAACGAGAACGAGAAAGAUGAGAAGAGCCCAGACGAUAGCCAGGACGUUGCAGUUAUUAACUCACCACAAUAUUCUAGAGAGGCGUCGGUGUCUGAGGGACUGAAUGUCCGAAAAAGAUCGCUUUCUACCGAUGCGGAUGCGGAUCAUAAGCGUCAGCAUUACGACUCAACAAAAGAGGAUUUGGAGGAGUCCCAAAACAACGAAGAAAAUGACGACGACGAUUUAGAAGCGGAGCUGUUGCUUGAGCUUGAAGGUUGA